UCUUUAAAAAGCGGGAAGAGCAGUUUCAAUUUCAAACUGCAGUCUGGGGGAACCGCGAGGACGCAUUCCUUCCAAACUCCGGAGUUAUGGAUUUUAAACUGAAUUCACCGGUUGGAUGUAUUUACUUCUCCGUGUUAAUUUUCAGAAUAACAGCAGUUGUAACUGGAUUUGAGGUUUCGAUCAACAUAAACCCCCCAGCUGUUGAAUUUGGAGACUCUUUACAGGUGAACUGCAGUACGACAUGUACAAAACCAGUGCUCAGUGUGGAAUAUAAACCAGGGGUAAAUCCUAACAGAACAAAAAGCAGAAAUUGGUCCACAGACUAUUUUCCGAGUGUCCAGGAAUGGGAUUUUGCAGCACCAUGCACUGUGAUCUGUACAUCAGAGAGUAAUCAGCUGAAGGAGAAGAAAGUGGUGGUCAUGGUAUACAAUCGAGAGAUAAACAUUACUCCACCUCCUGAAGUGCUGGAAGUUAACAGAACAUAUAGUCUGGAGUGCACUGGUCCGAGGGUCUAUCCAAACAAUAAACUCAUACUCACAUGGCUGAGAGGGAGAGAGAUAAUUCAGAGUAAUUUCACAGAAGAAACAGGUUUCCCAGAUGAAGAUAAAAGAUUGAGGAAUGUCUUCAGUUUCACUGCAAGUAUGUCAGAUGAUGGACAGGAGUACACCUGCUUGGCAGAAGUUGACUUGGGCUCAGGCACCACAAAACCAAUUACAGACUCCUCUGUGACUCUGCAAACUCACUAUAAACCAGGAGGCACAACCAUAUCAGUAAAUAACAAAACAGUGUCAGGGUUUCCAGUAAACAUCAGUAAAGGGGAUGAGGUUACGAUAACCUGCAAUUUCAGUGGAAAACCCACACCUACAGUAAAGUGGGAAGACCCCAGUAAUGGCAGCAACAUUGAGAUUGGUCCUCCUGGAGUUCUCCGUAUUUCCCAAGCAACAUCAGAACAUCAAGGAAUUUAUAAAUGUCGAGCUACCAAUCAAUAUGGAAUUGAUGAGAAGGAAGUGGACAUCAGGGUCAAAGGUGCAAGAUGUAUACCACAUAUGGUGAUUCCAGGAACAUUAUUACUGUUUCUCAUAUUAGUAGUCUUGGGCUUGUUCUGGAAAUACAGUGCCUAAUGCAAUGCAAAACCCAACAACAGUCCACAGAUCCCCAAUGGAAAUGAUCAUCAGGAAAAUGAUCCUUUACAGAAAUGUGAUCUAUAUCUUGUUGAAAUAACAACAAUUGCAAACAUGUUCAACUGCUUAAGCUAAUAUUACUUGGCCUGAUUUCAGGGAGAAAAUCCAACAAACCUGUUGUUAACGAUGCUAUAACAUUGUUACUGAAGGAUGCUACUGAUUGUAAUUAAUUAAUGUAAUAACAUUACAAUGCUUGCUAUUUUUGGACAGUUUUUGAAUCAGUGUCUUUACGGUUUUACUAUGAUUUCCACAAGCACUAGAUAGUCACCUGGACUCGGAUAUGUACUUGGGUUUAAAAAUGGCUCACUGAAUAAGAGCUCACUGCUCUUUCCCACCAACAGACAUGAGGAUUCAUCAUUAUCUGUCUUAACUGUUUGCUUUAAAGACAUAAAUAUAUUUUUGUAAUGGAAAUUUUAAAAACAGAUGAAAUUAAGACCAGAUGUGAGACAUAACCACAAUUUUUAAAUUCUCAUCCUCAUUUUUAAUGGUUCCAAGGCCUUGCCUUUCGCAAUCUCUGUAACCUUCCAAACCCUAUAACCCUCCAAGAACUUUGCACUCCUCCAGUGGUGGCCUCUUGAGCAUCCUGGUUCUCAUUGCUGCACCAUUAGUGCUUGUGUUUUCAGCUGCUUAGGCCCUAAGCUCUGGAAUUCCCUUCCUAAACUACUCUGCCUCUCUCUCCUUCUUGCAGACUCUCCUUAAAACCUAAAUCUUUGACCAAGCUCUCAGUCACUAAUGUCAGUCUGGGACUCACUUGGGUAGCACGCUUGCCUGUGAGGCAGAAGGCUAUGGAUUCAAGUUCCACUCCAGAGGCACAAUUAAGUUCCAGCGAUGUAAGCCGCAUUGACCACAUUUUAAGUGCUAUAUUAAUAGCAGUUAUUUAUACUGUGCAACAAUCUGUUUCUGUUAUGACAUAAAUAUUGUUUUUUAUAAUGUAUAUUUUACAAACAUGCUAGGGAUGAAUGUGAAGGCACAGGUCCUGAGAAGACGAUGGCAUAGUGGUAUUAUCACUGGACUAGUAAUCCAGAGUGAUGCUCUGGGGACCUGGGUUUGAUUAUGGCAGAUGGUGGAAUUUGAAUUCAAUAAAAAUCUGGAAUUAAAA